AUGCCGCCACUCUCGUUAGCAACCUCGCAAAGCUUCGGUCGCAAGCGCAAGCGCCAUGUUUCCGCCUCUUCCGCCCGUAGCUCCCGCAACGUGGCCACCUUUUCUGCUUCUACCAGAGAUCAACUCUUUGACCUUUACCGGAGCGAGGCAUAUGCAUGCUGGCAUUGCAACGCCAAACCUGCCGAUGCCGCCCAUGUCAUCACGAGACGCGACGUCCAGUUCGAUGCCUACAAGUCCGCCGGCUUGCUCACCAUCGACGCACUUUCCGACUUGAAAAACGCCGUCCCUCUAUGCCCCCUUUGCCACCGCAACUUCGAUGACCACAACAACCCGGGCUUCGUCUUCUUCCCCGCCGGCCUCGCCUAUUUUCGUAUGCACGAGGAGCGCGACGCCCAGCGCAGAACAGAAAAGUAUCGCUUGACGGGCGCUCCGGUAGCUAGGAUUGCUCCGAGUGCCAUCGACUACUUAGAGCACCACACAAGAAAUGGUCUCGUUGAUGAAGACUCUGUCGGCGGCAUGUACGAGCGAUACGUUCUCUUUGACUACUUGCCCAAUGUCGCCGGCGCUGCGCCCAUACUGGGCCAGAUUGGAGGCCCGGCUCCGUGGCACGGAGAUCCGAUGGCGGCGUUGCGGAGGGCCUUUGCUGCUUCCUCCUCGUCCAUCCCCAGCGGUUCGUCAUGGAGAAGAAAGAAAGAGUUGGUUGAGCUGCGGUUGUUGUAUGAAAAGACAGAUAUGAGCUAUAAAGCCAUCGACAAUCUGGCCAGUGAAGUACAACUUUCCCCGGACAACGAUCCCCGCAGCGAGCGCACUACAUGUUGGUUUGUUGAGAUUUGGGUCUCCAUUAGCACAUGGACUUUCUCUUGCUCCAGCGGGCCCUCAUUGACCCUUAAGGUUCCUCUUUUUAUUUUCUUCUAA